ACUGCAGCUUGAAUCGUCGAAGGAUGCUUUAGAGUCUUAAGAUUUACUUUAAAAUCCUACAAUAAAUAAAACUCUUAAAGCGAAAGGGUGAGGGGUUGACCUUAAUUAUCCAACUGGAAUCGUACAGUUAUUUUAAGCCAGAGAAAUGUCAGAUGACAACGAAUAUCACAUCCGUUUGGUGACACUUGGAGGCGGUGGCGUGGGAAAAACUUCGAUCGUCAAGCGCUUUCUAUAUAACACCUAUUGUGAACGUCAUAAACCGACGGUAGAAGAUUUCCACAAUCGAAAAUUCGAGUUUUCUGGAAUCACCCUCAAAGUGGACUUCGUAGAUACCGCAGGGGAUCUACAAUUCCCUGCUAUGAGGCGGUUAUCCAUAGCCAAUGCUCAAGCUGUAUUACUGAUAUACUCAAUCGAAGAUCCUUCCUCUUUUGACAUGAUGAAGCAAUGUUUCGAAGAAGUAAGAGAACAGAAGCCGGAUUACCAAGAAAUUCCGAUCAUGGUGGUUGGAAAUAAGUUAGAUUUGGAAGAAAAAAGGAGAAUUAAAAAAGAGGACGUGGCCGAAUGGAUGUUUUGCGAACUCCCGCGCAUUCGAGCAAAGUUGAUGGAAUGUUCCGCAAAAGAUAAUGUCAACAUUCGAGAGAUAUUCAAGUCGUUCCUUCAACUUUCUAAAAUCCCGUUAUCUGCAGAUACGACUAGUUUGAGAAGGAGAUCGAGCGCCCACGUUACUGUAGGGAGGCAAGCAAGAUUCAAUGCUAGUUUGAGCCCUCAGAGAGAGCAAGCUGCUUCAGAGGAGCCCACUGUUUCGUCACCAAAGAUCAAACCGAGAAGCAGAAGCUUGAUAAGAAGAACCAGCAGGAAGAUAGCAAAAUUAAAAGAAGGUGUAGGGGGAUCGAGUCACGGAAGUUCAACCGAAGAAGAUUGUUCGAUCUCGUGAUAAUCUUUGUUUAAACAACGAUUUAAAAAAAAUUGCCUGUUAUGUUAAUUUAUUCAUAAAUGUCCUCGUGGUGACCGUUUCAACGCCUGGUAGAGCAGCAAAACACCCGUUUAAGGUUAUAAAAAAAAAGUCGAAAUUGACAAUUCAAUUUCGGUUUUGCACAGUUAUUAUUAUUAUUAUUAUUUUUCAUUAUUUUAAAUUAUUAUCGCUUUUCCUGCAAUAGAAGCUAAAUCCUGUAUAAAUCAGCGAAAGUCAAACCGUUAAGUGGAAGUAUUUCAGUAGUAAUUGACCGAAUUUCUAUAUUUUGGGACCAAUCCAAUACCCCAAAAACACAGCUAAAAAUAUAAGGGGACCAUAGAUUAUAAGCCUUAUAUCCGGAAACAUAUCAGGCUGAACGAAAAAAAAUAAAGAAAUAAAUAUAUAACUUCUUCAAAAUUCGAGAUGAGGACCAAUACUCUCUCUCUCUCUACCUGGCGAUAGAAGACGGUGCACAUUUGCGUUGUGACGUGUAAAAUUGCCUUGUAACUUCUAUCGAUUUAUUCAAUGAGAAAAUAAAUAAUUGUUUCGAUGUCU